CAUACACUCCGUAUGUAGAUACAGACUCUUCGAACGAGUAGAGAGAAGGCGAGGCCAGAAGUUAGAGAGAGAGAGAGAGAAGUUGAGUUGAGUUCAGAUCGGCUUCAAUGGCGGAGCACUUGGCUUCCAUAUUCGGUACGGAGAAGGACAGGGUCAACUGUCCCUUCUACUUCAAGAUCGGCGCCUGCCGUCACGGCGACCGCUGCUCCCGCCUCCACACCAAGCCCAGCAUCAGCCCCACCCUCCUCCUCUCCAACAUGUACCAGCGCCCCGACAUGAUCACCCCCGGCGUCGACGCUCACGGCCAUCCCAUCGAUCCUCGCAAGAUGCAGGAACACUUCGAGGAAUUUUAUGAAGAUUUAUUCGAAGAGUUGAACAAGUACGGCGAGAUUGAGAGUUUGAAUGUUUGCGAUAAUCUGGCUGAUCACAUGGUGGGCAAUGUUUAUGUCCAGUUUAGAGAAGAGGAGCAGGCUGCAAAUGCCCUAAAAAAUCUAUCCGGGAGGUUCUAUGCUGGGAGACCUAUCAUUGUUGAUUUCUCUCCAGUCACUGAUUUUCGUGAAGCAACGUGUAGACAGUAUGAGGAGAACUCUUGCAACCGUGGUGGCUACUGCAACUUUAUGCAUCUUAAGAUGAUCGGCAGGGAACUGAGAAGGACUUUGUUUGGGAGGUACCGUAGAAGGCACAGCCGUAGCAGGAGUAGAAGCCCAUACAGGCAUCGGAGCUAUGAAGAGCGUUCUCACAGGAGCCAUAGUCGGAGGCGUGAUGAUGACGAUGAUAUGGAUGAUUACUAUGAGAGUAGAAGUCGGAGACGCAGAACCACAAGUCCAGGCCAUCAUCGCAGAGGGCGAAGCAGGAGCCCAGAUAGUGGCAGGAGAGAAAGAAGAAGUCCUGUUAGGGACGGGAGUGAAGAGAGGCGUGCUAGAAUCGAGCAGUGGAACAGGGAAAAAGAAGAUUCGAAAAGAUCCAAUGCAGAAUAUCACAAUCAUAAAAGGGAAAACGGUGAAAAUGGUUAUCCACAACAAAGUGGAUAUGCUUACUGAUAUCCAUUGAACUGAACUGGUCCUAGAAGAAGACUAGUGAACGUGAUGCUUCGUUUACCGGAAUUUGCUGUUAGUCAAAGAUCCCAAACUUGGAAGAGCAUCGGUGCUCAAGGAGGAUUCGCGGGUUUUUCUUCUUCUUCUUUUCCUUUAGACUUGCUGGCGUCGUUGCGUGGGUGAUAUUUGUUAGUUCUAACCAUUCGAUGAGAAACAUCACUCUGAAAAUUGUUGAAGGAUGUAUUGUUUGCAUGUGCUGUUUCUGAUAUUACCAUGAUUUUAACUAUAGUGUGAUGUGGACUGGCAUUUCUCUUGCAUGUUUUUGAAGUUUUAAAUUUGAAAUACUGAAUAUGAUGCAUCCACCUAGCACAAUUGGGG